AUGCUGAGCACACUAACGUCCAAAGCAGGCAUGGACGUGAAAUCGCGCUGUUCGCCAAGCAGACUGAGCUCAUCAAAGUCCACAACAUCCACAACAUCCAAGGAACGGGUGCGGAAGCUGGAGAAGUGCGCGUCUCUGCCCUCGAUGUCCCCAGCGGGCGACAUGGGUCGCGGUGUCAACCGGGCUUUGCUGCCGGUGCCACAGCAAGAAUGGGUUUCUGAGCAGGGUGUUUGCUUUUGUAGCAGGGCCAAGUUUCCUCCGAAGGCCCUGAAACCUUGCGAAUGCCCUCAGACAUGCGCUUGUGAAGCUGGUAGAUACUUUCCGCCGUUUGCUCGAAAAGGGAAGACCUGUUCUUGCAGACAAGCCUUGGGCGCUCUCUACAGCUCAGAGGUCUACAACGCCUUGAACACAAGAGGUGGAGCGUUGUGGGAGCGGUUGCAGUCAUCAACGACUGAGAGGAAGCCCAGCCGAAAGAACUGCCCAAUCUGCAUAAUUUGCAUAAAGGCAAUUAACCCAAUGGGACAAGGUGAUGAACAACAGUUUCUGUGGCCUGGCUGUGAACAUCCUUACCAUUUCAAGUGCAUAGCCCGUCAAAGAGCUUGCGAUCCUCGUUCCGGUUGCAGCCGUUGCAGACAUGCCUGGGAUCCAGCUUUGGAUUCCAUAAUCAGAGCAGGCCCAGGUUGCAUUCAAUGCCCGAUUUGCAAGGAGGCAAUUCACCCGACGGGACAAGGUGAAGAACAACAGUUUUUGUGGCCUGGCUGUGAACAUCCUUACCAUUUCAAGUGCAUAGCCCGUCAAAGGGCUGACGAUCCUGGUUCCGGUUGCAGCCUUUGCCGACGUGCUUGGGAUCCAGCUCUGGAUUCCAUAAUCAGAGCAGGCCCAGGUGGCAUGCAAUGCCCGAUCUGCAUGGAGGCAGUUAAUCCAAUGGAGCAGGGUGCGUCAGAACAGUUUUUGUGGCCUGGCUGUGAACAUCCUUACCACUUGAAGUGCAUAGCCCGUCAAAGAGCUCACGUUCCUCGCCACGGUUGCAGCCUUUGCCGGCAUCCUUGGGAUCCAGCUCUGGAUCCGGGCUUGGCUGAGAAAUGCAGCCAGCUUGGACUCGACGCUCGCCGAAAUAGCUCCGUUUCCACACCUUGA